AAAGUCUCAGCAGAGAAGAAAGAGCAGAGGAAGGCUGCACUAUGACUUAGGGUUGGUGUUUCCCGGUGCAUAAAGAAGUGAGAAGGCCAUGAAGACACGUCUGGCUUAUGUUCUCUUCAUUCAGCUCUUCAGAGCCCAAGCAGAGUUGAUCUUAAAGCAUCUGACAGAAGGUGAGUCCCUGGAUCUCUGCUGGGCCCCUGUGCAGGCCCGGGGCCCCCUGACCGGCCUCCACCUGUACCACCGCAGCGCUCACAGCCAGACCACCCUGCUGUCCGUGUCUGAGGGCGGGGAGGUCAGGGUCGACCCGGAGCGCAGGCCUCGUCUUCAGCUCUCCGGAGGACUGGGCUCCCUGACUGUCAACGUGAGCAUUUCUGGCUUACAGCGGAGUGACGGUGGGUGUUACAUGUGGGAGCUGAGCUACAGAGAGCAGGACGGCGCUGAUCACAUCCUCCGCAGUGCACACAUAGUUUUCCUGGAGGUUGAACCAGCAGGGAGGCCAUGCCAGCGCUCUGCCAGUUACCAACAUCUGCUUUUGAUCAUCUCUGCUGCCGCAGGACUUCUGCUUAUUACACUCAUCUUGAUGGCCUUGGAUAAAUGUCUGAAGACGAGGCACCGCCCCACACCACAACUUCAUAGUCCUAUCUAUGAGGAAAUGAGCAGGAAGCAGCAGCAGAGUCCUGGAAGCCCCCGAAAUAACCACGAGGCCCCCUCACAGCUGGAGGAAGCCAACUUCCCCGUGUACGCCAACCCAAACAUCCGGCAACUGCAAGACAACUACUACGCCUGUCCCAGACAGCUCGCCCUCAGAGCUUGACGACACAUCUGAGAUCACAAUCAAAGGAAACGACAUCAGCUGUAAAAAAAAUUAGACGAGGAAGAAAAACACAGCAGCUGCAGAGACGGACGUGCUGCGUCCAGCAGACGAGGAGGAUCUCACCCUGGAGACGUGAUGGUGCAGAGACAAAUGUGAUAAAUAACCAAAGGGACAGUUUAACAGCCAAGAAAAAAAAUGCUAUUUUAUUAAUAUUUGAAAGAAGCUCCAUAGUUCAUGAAAACAUUUGUUUCGGUGCAUGUCAUUUAACAAUCACAUUCUAUGAGGAAAAAGAGAUAUACAGAGAGAAAAAAAUAAAAACAUUACAAGCCA